UCUCAGCUCACAAAAUGCGUGUGGGCAUUAUGGCGUCUACUUCGCCUUAUUUUACACCGGGCGUACUGACUCGGAACAUGCGCCGACGGGUGUCCGUGCCCAGGAAGCUGGAGCGGGAUCCUCAACCUGGCUCCGACUUAGCACAGAGCCCUGCCGUUGGUAGGUUGGCGGCAGGGAAAGGGAGACCUGCCCGCAGGCAUGCAGCGGGCCAACCCGGCCUCCAGAUUCAGGAGGACACGGUCAGAGCUGCUUCGCCGAUUCAACCUGGAAAUGCGCCGAGGCAGAAAAGCGAGCCCUUGCAGACUGCUGGAGUUUCAGGCCAAAUGCUCGGCCGGCCGCAGUCUGCUUCCUCAGUAGAGGACACACCCUCUAAAUGGGAGCCCGAGAACUGGAGGGAGCAGUUGGAUAACAUUAGGGAGAUGAGGAAGGGCAGGGAUGCGCCCGUGGACCACAUGGGCGCCGAACAAUGCUUCGACAAAACUGCAGCCCCCAAGGUCAUGAGGUAUCAGGUGCUUUUGUCACUCAUGCUGUCCAGCCAAACCAGAGAUCAGGUGACAUUUGCAGCAAUGAAGCAACUGAGGGAACAUGGCUUGACUGUUGAGAACAUCCUCAAGAUGGAUGAUAAGACACUCGGAGAGCUCAUCUAUCCAGUUGGAUUCUGGAGGAAUAAAGUGAAAUACAUCAAACAGACCACAGCAAUCCUGAAGGAGCAGUACAACGGUGACAUUCCCAGCAGUGUCAACGAGCUUGUGAAACUUCCAGGAGUGGGACCAAAGAUGGCUCAUCUCAUCAUGAAGAUAGCCUGGAACAAAGUGUCUGGCAUCAGUGUUGACACCCAUGUGCACAGAAUUGCAAAUCGACUAAAGUGGCUCAAAAAAGAGACCAAAAACCCAGAAGAGAGCAGAUUGGCGUUGGAAGAGUGGAUGCCACGGGAGCUCUGGAGCGAGACCAAUUGGCUGCUGGUAGGCUUUGGUCAGCAGAUGUGCCUGCCAGUGAAUCCUCGCUGUGCUGUAUGUCUCAACAGAGAUAUCUGUCCCACAGCCAAGAACAAUCUUCGGAAAACAAAUCCCAGGCUUCCUCCCAGCUCUCCAGUUCAGCCUUGCCAACAGCAACAAUAAUUAAAUCCUUGUGUUUAGAUGUUA